ACCUCGCGUGUCAGAACAUGACCACCUCAUUGGAGCAGCUCGUGGCCCAGAAGAAGGAGGCCAUCGAGGCCGCGAUGGACAUGUUUGAGAAGGGGGCCGAGGUGUUGGCGAGCGCCGUGGGCGACCUGUUCCCCCUCUGUGAGGCCGCCGCCCCGGUUCUCCGCUUGGCCCUAGACAAUGUCCACAGCAAAGAGGUCUUCUACGUCAAAGAGCAGUUCCUGACGGUGAGGAACAAGCUCGACGUGCUCUCCACCCAACUGGAAGACAUCGACUGCGAGAUCAAGAAGGGGAAACUGGACUCCCAGUACUUCUCAGUGGAGGAGAACAUUAGGAACCAGUUCCGGAAGUACAUGGACAUCUUGGAUGCAAAACCGCAGUUCAAAGAAGUGAAGACCAGACUUUUUGUGGAGCACUUUGCCAAAACUGGAGGGGAGAAGAACCUGUGUGUGCUGCACGAUGCUCUGAUGGGGACGAACAGCUUCGGAGAGUCUGUUUUAGAGUUGGUUGAAAGGUACGUAGCGAGGAACCGUCGUCUCCUGGAAGACUUCUGUGUCCGGAUGAAAGAGCUCCUCUGUUUGGGUCUGAUUGCUCUGUUGGGCCACUGCGCCUUAACCCAGGGCCAGGAGGAAGAAGACGACAAGAUCCAAGAGUGGAGCAACAAGAUUGAAGAAGUAGAGUCCAGGAUGAAGGCGACCAUCGAGUCCUGCAUCGCCGCCUUCCCGGAGCAAGCUCAGCUAGACGCUCGGCACCUCCUGCAAGACAAGGAAGAGCAGAACCUGCAAGACACGACUCAGCAGCUGCUGGAGUUCUUGGUGAAGAAGUACGAUUGGGUCAGCUGGUCAGUGCGGCUGAUCAACCAUUCAGGGAGCAGCUACCGGAACUGGCGAGCAGGGGAGCACUUUCACCACGUGGCGGGACAGAACUGGUUCGAGGUGCUUCAGGUGAACAACAUCAACCUGGUGGUGUCGUACAGCGGCCAACCCCAGCCGGUGCCUCGCGACUGCAUCCGGCAGGCCAUGGAGGGCCAGGGGAAGAAGGGGAACGCCCCGGCGGUGGUGGAGGUGUUGGAAAAGCAGCUGUGCGGGUUCGUCGUCCACGCCGUCAGUCGCCACAAGGAGUCGGCGGCAGCGUGGAGCUUUCCUGAAGACUGCCACUACUGGGAGAGGCACAAGAACGUGGCAGUGUGUGUGCACUCGGAGUAAACGCUGCAGAGCGCUGCAUUUAAAUUGAGGUGUAGAUUUGUGUCGUCUGUCCAUCUGCAAGAGUGAGCGGAGAAUAUGUGAGUUGACCUGCAGUGAAGAAGUAAUGUUGACAUCAGGAGAGAAAAAGUCAGAUCAGUGCAUCAGCAGUAUUUCAGAUAGAUAGUUAAAAUAAUCCCAAAUGCACUUUUAUUAGCUUUCUGGGUUGUGUCAGAUAUUUAAAUGAUGAUGUAAAUGUAUUUAAUAAUUUAGCUUUUUUUAACAUACUACUCUGCGUGUGUUUGUAAUAUGAAUUAUAUAAGUAACCAUACCGCAGCGCCAUACAGUAAUAAUGUUCUGCACCUACACUCUAAAG